AUGAAGAUGACAGUGUGUCCUUUACAUCGAGAUUUGUAUGACAUUCGCUGGAGGUGCAACAAGACCAGAUGCUCGAUUCGAAAUGACCUUGCAGCACAUAAAUCUUUAUCCGUCAAAGCUCAAUGUGGACUGACAACUUUAUUAUCAUCUUUUAUUUUUAACAAGACCAAGAUACUUAUUCCUGUGGGAACAGGUACGAGGUUAAUUUAUUCAAUAUACAUAUAUUUCCUGCGUAUAAGGUCGGCAGGAAACGUGAGAGAAGUAUGAGGAUAUUUUACUAUGCAUGCACAAGUAGCGCAGGUUUUGUUUUUAACUGAAUUUCUACGUUUUUUUUGUAGAAUGAAGAAUUUACUUACUAAACUUUUAGCAGCAAUGCCUUUAUUUUACAGGAUAUGCAGUAUACUGUAUACGUUAACUUUUUGCUUGUUUUAGGGAUAUGCAGGAGCUGUAAAGAACAUUUAGCUCAUCUGGCAACAGAAUGGAGAACUAGUAAUUUAGUGUCAACUGACGACGAAUCAAGUAACUGCUUAGAAUUAUCAACAUCUCUGUCGCAGAUUAACGCAGAACAGCCGGUAAUAAGAAACAAUUUUAACUUUAUCACGAGCCAUGAUCCAUGCACUACAUUUUAACAGCUUCUAUUCUUUAUUAGGAAGACAGUAAUACUAGUACGUCAGAUGAACUUGUUGAAGAAAUGGAUAAACUUGUACUUAACGAGACCAGGUGGAGCAUCUUCUCUCCAGACACUGCAAGUACUACAUCAUCAUCAUCUUGUGACGUCACCGAUAUUUCUUCUUCAUUG